GGUACUACAGUACGACUCGCGACAUUCUUAAAGCACUCAACAGCAUGUAGAAUAGGGGCAAAGGCGGCGAAUUUUUUCUACACAAAUUGGACAGUCGAGUCAAAAUCGCGCCACAUUUCACUCGAGUCUCUGGUUUAUCAAGCGUUAAUUGUUGCAAGAAGUUCGAAUGCGAAACUUUCUAAUUCGAAUUUCGCUCUUUGCUGAUUAUUCCUGAUUUGUGUAGGAAAGUUCGGAAUCCCAGUGACAAUGACGGAAGAAAAGGUGCUUCGACUUUAGUGUAGUACUGUGAUCUGUGAUACCUGUGGCUGUUUUGGGAUUUAAUUUAAGAACACCCCAGGACAGGAUGAACUGCCAAUUCGUACUCUUGUUCGCCUCACUGAUGAGCAUAUGUGCCACUUAUGACAUUCAUAAGUUUAUGACGGCGGACGAAAUCAAGAGCACGUUUCACGUAGAUAGACAUGACUUAGUACCAGAAUACGAAGUGGUUCACAUCCACCAUAACGUUAGACGGAGCAUCUCGCGGGACAUUCCAUCAGACACCGAGAAUUCGAUAGAUACGGACGAGAAGCCGAAAUACGAAGAUAGGAAAACCGAACUGAAACUGAAAGUCUUCGGCAAACACUUGAACCUAACUCUAAUCCCGAACCGUGGACUUUACAAGAAGAAUAAAUUGAAGAUAUGGACGGUGGAACCGAACGCCACAGCCCAACAUGGGGUCGAAUAUGUUGAACUGCCCGAGACUGACGAAGAUAUCGGCGAUAUCUACCAAGACGAGGAAAACCAAGCUGCCAUUUUGCUGAGGAACCACAACGAUACCGUGAUUGUGGAGGGUAGCAUCGGGGCCGAUUUGGUCAUACGGCCCAUCCCUCCGCGGCUGCUGGACGCGAAAGACAAGCCCACGCACGACGAUGACGAAAUGUUCCUGGACGCGGACGGCGAGCUCAGCUCGGAAGUUGCAAUCGACACGGGGCUGCCUAUCAAGAGAAAAAAGCAAAAGAUCCAAGGGCAUCGACACAUAGUGUACAAAAGGAACGGAAAUCAUGAAGAUACAAUGAGCGAUUACGCCUUGAUGGAGCCCGACCAUUUGGCCAAAAGACACAAAAGGAGCACCUCGCGCAAGAAAAGGGAGGCCCCAUACACCAUCUACCCCGAAAUUUUAGUCAUAGUAGACUACGACGGGUAUAGGCUGCAUGGGGGCGACAAUUUACAAAUCAAACGGUAUUUCGUCUCGUUCUGGAACGGCGUAGACAUGAGAUACAAACUCCUCAAAGGACCAAAAAUUAGGAUAUCAAUAGCGGGGAUUAUAAUAAGUAGGGGGCGGGAUGCAACUCCGUAUCUGGAACGCAACCGGGUGGGGAGGGACGCCAUCGACUCGGCGGCGGCUUUGACGGACAUGGGGAAGUACCUCUUCAGGGAACGGCGGCUCCCGGUGUACGACAUCGCCGUCGCGAUUACAAAACUAGACAUGUGCAGAAGGUCGUACCCCAACGAUGUCUGCAAUCGCGGCACGGCAGGGUUUGCGUACGUCGGAGGUGCAUGCGUGGUCAACAAAAGACUAGAAAAGGUCAAUUCUGUUGCCAUCAUUGAAGACACAGGUGGCUUCAGCGGAAUUAUAGUCGCGGCUCACGAAGUGGGACAUUUACUAGGAGCAGUACAUGACGGAAGCCCUCCACCGUCGUACCUCGGGGGCCCAGGGGCCGAAAAAUGCCAAUGGACGGACGGGUACAUCAUGUCCGAUUUGAGACACACGGAGCGGGGCUUCCGGUGGUCCCCUUGCAGUGUCUCCAGUUUCCACCAUUUCCUCAAUGGUGACACUGCCACCUGUCUCUACAACGUGCCCCACGAAGACGACAGUUUGCCAAGAGUCCUCCCAGGGAAACUCCUCACUCUCGACGCCCAAUGUCGUAGAGACAGGGGAACAAGUGCAUGUUUUAAAGACGACCGGGUCUGCGCCCAACUCUUCUGUUUCGACGCCAGUAGCGGCUAUUGCGUGGCCUACCGGCCCGCGGCUGAAGGUUCACCUUGUGGUGACGGCCAAUAUUGUUUGAAUGGUCGAUGCGUGGCUGAGCACGAGAACAUAAUCCCCGAUUAUACGCAGAACACACCGUCUUACAUCCGAAGCGGAAACAACCAGGGUCGGCCUUUGUUUCACGAGGACGACGAAGAAGUUAAUCAAAGACCCGAAACACCGAAAUAUUACGAUUACACGACACCCCCCUACAACCCGAACCCACCCUCAUACAACCCCUACACCACUCCGAGACAGUUUUAUCAGUUUUCUACCACCAAGUCUCCUUACGAUUUUAACGAUUUCGCUAGGCAGUACACUAGUAAAAAUCCCUACCAAACCACUGAAUCUUAUUACAGUCAAACAACCCCUAAUCCGUAUGUCGGUAAUUAUUAUCAGUUGAGGCUACAGACCACUAAGAAUCCGUACGAUUUCGCUAAUUUUGGAAGAAACAAUUACGACAUUAAUAACAAUUACUUGAAGCGGUCGUACAAUACCGCUAAUUAUUACAGCGAUAGUAGCAAUGUAAGAAAUAAAAGUGCCGUGUUUAAUAGGGGAAGAUAAGGUUAAGGGAAUAAGCAACACACAAAUACGUAAAUUUAAGGUGUGAUUAGGAAUGAACCAACAAUGGAGAAUUCUGUGCCUUAAACAAGUGACAAACGACUAUUUAAUUUUAUUUUUUGUUUGAAGGACUCAUAAAACCGUAUUGUUAAAUUAAUGGUAGUUUUAGUGUGAACAAAUAGUUUAUUUACUUGUAUUUGUAAUGUAAAUAGUUUGUACGUUUAAAAAUAUACUGCCAAUUCUCAUAGCAUCAAGUAUUGUGAUGAAGUAUUUAUGUAAUUGUACCAUAUUUAUCAAAAUGGCAGAGUGCAAUUUAUUUUUAAGUCAAAAUUUUACAUUUGUUUGUUAUUCAAAAACCAAUAAAACCCAUCAAAAAAUACCAAUUAAAUCGUAGUUAAGUUCCUAAAGUCGCAACAUGAUUGUAAAUGACUUUGUAAAAAUUUGUAUAUUUGCCGCAAUUAAAAAUACCGACCAGCCA